AUGAAUCGAUGUGAGGUAGAUGACAACUGCUAUGGCUGGGCAUAUCAAGCCAGUUCAAAGACUUGUUCAGUUCAAAAUUCCAUUGGCUGGAAAACGCGCGAUGCAUCUUAUGUUGGUGGAUCUUGUAUUGGUCCUGCUGCGAAAGAAAAGGUCUGCAAAGAAAAGUUGAAAAAUACUCUUUACAAUGGUGAUUGGAGUACCGGAUUUUGGGUGAACACAGCUGAAGAUUGUAUGAAGAAAUGUGAUAUCACUCCAUCCUGCUUAGGUUAUGUAUUCAGUGAAACACAAAAAUACUGUUGGACUCAAACUGCACAAUAUGGAAGUGGAUAUGCUGCUGAUUGGACAAGUGGAUCGUGUGUUAAACCAAAACCUGAUUAUCCACCAAUAUCGAUCGAAACUUAUCGACAACAAGCAUUAGAACAACAUAAUGUGUAUCGUCGAAUGCAUUGUGUGGGUCCUGUCAGGUUAAAUGCAUCACUCAAUAAUAUCGCUCAAGCAACUGCAGAAGAUUUAGCAGCAAGGAAUAUAUUUCAGCAUAGUGGUAAGAAAUUCAACGGACAAUGGAUGGGAGAAAAUCUGUUUGCGUCAUCCGGAGGCAAACCAUUGUAUCAAAAAGGUUCCGUGCCAGUUACAGCUUGGUACAGUGAAAUUCAAUAUUACAAUUGGACAAAUCCCGGAUUUACAAUGAGUACGGGACAUUUUACACAAGUCAUCUGGAAAGGUUCGACUGAAUUAGGUAUUGGCAGAGCUUUAUCACAAGAUGGAGGUAAAAUGUACGUCGUUGGGAAUUAUUUUCCUGGUGGAAAUGUCGGCGGCACAUUCCCCAGCAAUGUCAAACCAUUAUGCUGA